AGAUUCGAGUCCAUUCAGAGUAUUGGCUAUGAUCCUCUGGCCUUGGCCUUUGACCUCUCCAGGAGCUCUUUCUACUGGGCUGAUGACCAGGGAACAUCUACAAGGCUAAGGAGCAGCAGCACAGGAUCCUUUAUCAUGGACAAUAUGGGGUUAGAAGUCUAGUCUGUGAUUGGCUGACAGGCCAGCUGUACUGGACCAACCAGAAGACCCGGUCUAUUCAUGUUGGAGCAGCUGAUGGGAGUGGAUUUGCAACGGUCUUGGCCAAGAACAUAGACCCUUUGGAGCUGGUCCUUCUUCCCAUUGAAAGCUUGUUGUUUUGGAUCAACAAAGGUCCAGGUGAUAAAAUUACUCUGGAGAGAUCUGGGAUGGAUGGGUUAAAGCCGGAAUCUCUGGUGGUCCUCACUGCACAGGCUCCACGGAGUCUGACCCUGGACGUUACAGCUCGGAGGCUGUACUGGAUGAGUGAUUUUAAAAAGUCCAUAGAGACUGUGCGAGUGGAUGGAAGUGGUCGCUACAGCUUUCUGGAGUUCUUUAAGAGGAGACCAGCUCAGAGCCUGGCGGUGUUUGACAGAUGGUUCUACUGGACAGAUCAGAAGGGUCUGUGGCGCUCCCCUCAGGACCAACCUAAUCAGAAGAACUUUAUUCAGAGGACAACACUCCCUGUCCUAGAGGCAUACCAUGAACAACAGCAGCCAAAAGCUCCAUCAGCCUGUGUAAAGUCUGGCUGCCAGCUCUGCAUGCUGACUCUGGACCUGCCUGCUGGGUUCACCUGUACCUGUCCUGAUGACAAACUGCUCAUGGCAGAUGGCUCAUGUGAAUAUCCCAGGUUUGCUUAUGCAACCUCCACAACACUGAACCUGUUUGAGUUGAAAGGGAAGGAGCUGAUCAAGACAAAACUGCUGACUACGGAUGACGUCAUGGAGUCUUUUGACAUCGACUGGAGGGGGGACUGGGUCUACUGGGCGAACAGCACUGGUCAUGUGAUGCGCUGGAACCUCAAUACCGGCCAAACAGAGACUGUCCCUACGCUGAGACCAGCCUGCGUGGUGGCAGUAGACCAGAAGAUGAGAAAUCUGUACUGGCUGUCAUGUGAUGAAGUCUGUGUUGGAGUCACUAACAUGGAUCAGGGUUACCCACGGAGACUGUACCAGUCAGGCAGUGAGGUAAGAGAUGUUUAUCUGGACUGGCAGCGGGGGAGGCUGUACUUGCUGGAGGCUGGCUGGAUCCUAUCUAUGAGACUGCCAGGAGGAAACCCUAGGAAAGUCCUGAGAGUGGAGGGACACAUCGCUGGGCGCAUUGUUUUGGACCUACAAUCUAACACACUGCUCUGGAACACAGAGGGGGACGAUCUGAACAUCAUGAGUCUGUUGAAGUCGCAGACUCACCUGGCAGGCAGAGAGUGGAAUGUCCCUGGUUCCAUCAUGGCUGCUCACUCUCCGCUCCUGGUGUCGCUGUUUAAUGAUGUCAUCACUGUGUGGGACCGACGGGACAGGAGGCGUGUCCACGAUGUCCCUGUCGGGCCAGGCGUUGUCAGGGUGAUCGUGGCUCUGGGUGUAAAGGAAGUGCCUCCUGCUCAGCCAGUCUGUACCAGUCCAUCAGUGAGGUGUCGGGGCUCAACUUUGUGCAUCUCCCAAACUCAGCUGUGUGACACAUUGAGAGACUGCCCUGAUGGUUUUGAUGAGGAGUCCUGCAUUACUAAAUGUCCAAACCGAGGUGAGUUCCGGUGUAAGGACAGGAGGAAAUGUAUUGAGAGGAGUCUGGUUUGUGAUGGACGCGCUCAUUGCCAUGAUGGCUCAGAUGAGAUUGGCUGUCCAACGAUAGCUGCUCCAACGUCCCAAACUGCGCCCCUGAAGUGCCGUAUGGGUUCCAGACAGUGCAAGGAUGGGAGAGAGUGUGUCCUGCAUAGCCAUGUUUGUGAUGGAGAGGAGGAUUGUAAGGAUGGAUCAGAUGAACAGGACUGUGGUGAAUCUCCAGUUCCACUUACUACAGCUUAUUUGGCUCCAACUACAACCGUUCCAGAUAUUCUUCCUGCUCAGCCAGUCUGUACCAGUCCAUCAGUGAGGUGUCGGGGCUCAACUUUGUGCAUCUCCCAAACUCAGCUGUGUGACACAUUGAGAGACUGCCCUGAUGGUUUUGAUGAGGAGUCCUGCAUUACUAAAUGUCCAAACCGAGGUGAGUUCCGGUGUAAGGACAGGAGGAAAUGUAUUGAGAGGAGUCUGGUUUGUGAUGGACGCGCUCAUUGCCAUGAUGGCUCAGAUGAGAUUGGCUGUCCAACGAUAGCUGCUCCAACAUCCCAAACUGCGCCCCUGAAGUGCCGUAUGGGUUCCAGACUGUGCAAGGAUGGUAGAGAGUGUGUCCUGCACAGCCAUGUUUGUGAUGGAGAAGUGGACUGUAAGGAUGGAUCAGAUGAACAGGACUGUGAGCUCCUCUGCAAAGCAGGUCAGUUCCAGUGUGCUCAUGGGAAGAAGUGUAUCGACCAGCAGCAGAUGUGUGAUGGGAAGGCACAGUGCCAGGACCGUUCUGAUGAAAUGGACUGCUUCAAGCCCACCAAGAGCUGCAGGCAUCGCUGUGACAACAAUAGCCGCUGUAUCCCAGAAACCUUCCUCUGUGACGGAGAGAGAGACUGUUCGGAUGGCUCUGAUGAGGAAGGCUGUGAUUCUAACAAGGCCCUUCCUCCUGUCCUGCCAACUCUGGCUCAGACCUGUACUAGUCCAUCAGUGAGGUGUCGGGGCUCAACUUUGUGCAUCUCCCAAACUCAGCUGUGUGACACAUUGAAAGACUGCCCUGAUGGUUUUGAUGAGGAGUCCUGCAUUACUAAAUGCCCAAACCGAGGUGAGUUCCGGUGUAACGACAGGAGGAAAUGUAUUGAGAGGAGCCUCGUUUGUGAUGGACGCGCUCAUUGCCAUGAUGGCUCAGAUGAGAUUGGCUGUCCAACGAUAGCUGCUCCAACGUCCCAAACUGCGCCCCUGAAGUGCCGUAUGGGUUCCAGACAGUGCAAGGAUGGGAGAGAGUGUGUCCUGCAUAGCCAUGUUUGUGAUGGAGAGGAGGAUUGUAAGGAUGGAUCAGAUGAACAGGACUGUGGUGAAUCUCCAGUUCCACUUACUACAGCUUAUUUGGCUCCAACUACAACCGUUCCAGAUAUUCUUCCUGCUCAGCCAGUCUGUACCAGUCCAUCAGUGAGGUGUCGGGCUCAACUUUGUGCAUCUCCCAAACUCAGCUGUGUGACACAUUGAGAGACUGCCCUGAUGGUUUUGAUGAGGAGUCCUGCAUUACUAAAUGUCCAAACCGAGGUGAGUUCCGGUGUAAGGACAGGAGGAAAUGUAUUGAGAGGAGUCUGGUUUGUGAUGGACGCGCUCAUUGCCAUGAUGGCUCAGAUGAGAUUGGCUGUCCAACGAUAGCUGCUCCAACAUCCCAAACUGCGCCCCUGAAGUGCCGUAUGGGUUCCAGACUGUGCAAGGAUGGUAGAGAGUGUGUCCUGCACAGCCAUGUUUGUGAUGGAGAAGUGGACUGUAAGGAUGGAUCAGAUGAACAGGACUGUGAGCUCCUC